ACAUUUCUCUAGUAUAAAGAAAAAUCUUUGCCAAUGCAGUCAAUGUUAAAACGGUAUACAUAUUUUUUCUCCAUAUUUUGGUCGUGAGUGAUGAGGCUUUGCAGGGCCAAUCAGUUGGCCGCUUUUGGAAAACGUAAACAAUAUUCCAAGAUGUCUGCACCCUUUCUAUCAACAUUGAUUAAGGAAGAGGAAAAUGUCCUUCUACAACAGUGCGUAAAAGGGGUGGUAAACAAUGCUAUAUGCAUAUUUGGUCCUUAGGCGCAAAGGGACAGAUGCAUUUUACACAAACAUGGUGAAACUGCUUCAAACGGUGGGUUGGCUUGCAGGGUGAGAGUAAGGAAAUAGCAGAAAAAAGAAAGAAAAAAAACACAUUGUAUAGAAAUUGACUUUGACAAUAUUCCCAAAGACGCUGGGUUUCACUCCACUUGCUACAGGCGGUUUGUAGACAAAAAUCGGUUGAGUCUGUAUUACCAGGUAGUAGUAACACAACAAGUAAAAGUUUGAGUGAGACAGGCAAACGUCGGAAAGGUCACCUGACAAAACCACUGCCACAAAGUAGGUAACAAAAUAAAGGCAAAAUACACAAAAACACAAGUUGUGAAUUGAGGGUAAUUCAUUUUAAGUUGAAGUACAAAAAAAGCCAUAUUUAUGUUUCCAGAGCUAACUUUCAAUUAACAUUACAUUAUUUAUUGAAUAUUCAUGGUACAUUCAAGAGUCAUUUAAGUAAUAUUUUGCAUAUAUGUACACAUACAUGGAUGAAUAUAUGUGAAACACUGCUUGGUUGGCGACAGAUGACACUGACUGAAACCUCCUGGUUGCUCUUUUUAUUAAAACACGCCUAGAUCCUCAGGCAGGACUGGUAGAGCAGCAGUGUUUUCUACAAGCUGCUUUAAUUGCUCAUAAUUGACUUGUAUGAUCUGUAACAUAUAAUAAAGCAGGGAGAGUCUGCAUUAAGAUUGAUGGGAGUUGCCACUAGGGUGGGACGAUUAAUCGCAUGUUAUUUCCAGCUAUGAUUAUGGCUUCCAAAAUAAUGAAAAUAAGAUUAGUGAUAUAAAAUGAUUAUUGUGCCGCAUUCAGUUUAAUUGAAAAUAUUUUUAGUAGCUUUCAGUAGGUGGUGGAAAUGUACAAAUUUUAACGAUUUUUUUAUGUUAUGUAUUUAAAUAUAUAUGUAAUUGAUUAAUCUAACUUCAUUUUAAUUUGUUUUUCAGUUUAAUUAUAUGCAAAAUUAAAGAUAAUGCACUGUUAAAAAGGCAAGAUUUAUAAAAAAAAAGUGUGCAUGAUAUUUUCUGAGUCUGUAAUAAGUUGUGUUAAAUAGUUAUGAUCUCAAUAUUCAAUAAUGCUUAUAGUUUUUUCAAAGUCAAGCAUCCCUCGCUGCAACUACUGAAACAAAAUCACUGAAUGUUAUGUUGUAUUAAUGAUAACUAUGCUAAACCGUGUAUGGAUCCUUCUGGACCAGGUAAUUAUGACAAUAAUAUUUUGGAUUUAUGGAGCAGAUGGAGCUAUUCUCUUUGAUGGCAUGGCCAUUAUUCAAGCCUUUUGGUCCAUACUAAGUACCUUCAGAGAGCACGCCAAGACCAUGCUGCAGUAGAGACGAGUGUACACGAAGAGACUUUGUGUUUCAUCAAUAUCUAGAAAUUAUUAUUAAAAUUCUAGAGUGGUUAUGUGGGCCUCGAGGCGGUACACAACUGAUGCUAAUUUAGAUGGGAUGGGUUUCUAUCCAAUGGAAAAACUGGCAGAAUUUCUCUAUUGUAUGAUGUGAUGCUGAUCCUUCUACUCUGGGCAAGGACUUCAGCUUCUACAUAGCACAUAGACAACUGUGUGACUGUGUGACUUUAAGUGAAGGUUUGCAAACUCGCAGUGCUAUAGUAGAUCUGACAUGUCAUCAUGAGGAAUGUGACACCAGGGUGUUUUUACAUGCACAAUAUGUUGCACAGUAAUAAUCAAACUGUAGUCAUGAAGAGCCCUGAUGCUGAUUUGCCAGUGAUUGCUGUAGGUCUGCAGACAGAUUUACCGUGUAGGUUGUAUUUUUUCACGGGAGUUGGAGACAGAACGAGGGUCACUGACUUAUCUAAGGUGUCACCAGCUCUUGGCACCACUGUGUGUUCGCCAGUUAUUGGAAUUCAUCUCAGGUUGUAGAGAAGAGAGGCAUUUUCUGUAGCUUACACACAGUUGUGCAAAUCUGGGUAGCAGUUUAAACCUGGACUUUGAACUACUUUGUGAAUAUGUGUGCCACCUGUACAGCGAGACAUCUGUUGAAAAUGUCAAUGAUGCAAGAUACAACAUUUCCUGCAUGGCAUCAUCAGCUUAACUAUCCAUGCACCUGAGAGGUGAUGCCUGUAUGGGCAAACUACCAAGCAAAAAUAAUUAAGCAUUUUCCUAAAGGUAUAAUGUGUGCCCCUUUCACUUGUUGGCAGUGGUUGGCACCUUGAGGCUGAGGCGUUAACAGUGACCCGGAUGAGUAGAAAUCUUGGCCUCUGAAAACGUGCUGCAGGUAGUCCACUGCAGUUGCAAGCGAGGCAAAUGUGAGACAGGAAGAUAUUCCUGUAUGUCUUAUGUCUUAUACUGAUGUUGGUGCCAAAAUUGUGCAAAUGUUUCCAAGGAAACAGAGGAAAGAGCUACAUUGGAUGAAGGCUCUGAUGAUAGUGAUAGGGCUGAUAGUGAUGAGUAAGAGACGUGCCGUGUUACCCUGGAGAUGGUCCGCACCAUUGCAGUCUGCGUGGUCGUGCACAGGACUUCUCACUGAGAAGGGCGAUUCGGAAGGAGAAGUAUCGCUGGAUUUUGGGAUUGAAUACCUGGCUGGUUGUACGCUUGCUGUAUCGAUGCACUCAGAGGACCCCGCCAACCUAUUUAUAUGUGAGGCAGUCGGUACAUUUAUUGUUUUUUAUACCCACAACCUCAGCUUUGUUAGUGUCAUGGUCAGCCAACUGAGAUAAAUUGUAAUGCAUGUAAGGAUGAGAAAUACUGUGACUUUUAAACAUAAUACCAUGACAAAUUCUGGGCUAAAUUUGAGUUGUAUAAUGGAUCUUUGGUAGAAUUGUCCAUUGUUGGCAUUAUUCAAAAUUAAGAGCGAGAUUUUGACAAAUUUCAGCCAUCUUUUUUUCUUCCUCUGAUUUUACAGUCACUACUGAAAAUGUUGGCACAUAUGUGUUUAGCAAAAAUGUACUAUGUGCAUAUUUUAACUUAGCUUGGUGCCAGUCACUGACGUUAAAUGUGUUUUAUAUUAAUUUGCCACAUUUCAUUUUCUGAAUUGACAGUUGAGCAUGCCAAUGCACCAGCACUUGUUUCAGAUGUAUUUUAUUUGAUAUAUUUUUAAAUUCACAUUUAUAAACAUUUAUGGAUCUUUUAACUCAAAGCCCAUGCAAUGUCAAUGCAAAAACACAUUUAAAAAGUAUUGCCCAAGUGUGGAAAUUAAAAUCGUAUUUCACCUUAUGGCCUAGUAAGGGUACAGGCCAACUUAACUCAACCAUGUUAUGCUUGUCUGGAUUUUGGCAUUGCUGGUAGGAAGGGGUGGCCCACUGUGCUGGCUUUGGACUAUUUUUCCCUGUAGGUACACAAUGUUGGAGUGAUGCUUGUGCCUACAAAAAUAUCUUGUAUGUCAGAUCUCAUUUUUUAAAACUGUUUAUAGUAUCUUUGUUGGAUAAGGGAUUUUAAGUAAUUGUGAGUGUGAUUUUGUUGGUCUGCAACUAACUGUUUUUCAUUAUCAGUUUGUCUGCAGGUUCUUCUCUUGAUUACUCAUGUGGUUUAUAAAAUGUCACAGUAGAGCUGCCAUGUUUAGUAAUGUUUUACCCUUAAUCUGUUGGUCGUCAGAAAAUGUAUCAACAUUUAUCAAAAUAUGGUUCAAGGGUACGGCUGAGAUGUCCUAGCCUGUAAAUUGUAUUCUACAGACUUAAGAAAGAAUCUUUGUUUGGUAUAGAUCCCCACAAAAAUUCACACCACGAUCAUUUUUAUAUAUUUUGAAUGAAAAGUAGAAUAUUGAUGCAAAUAUCACCAUUACCUCCAGUGUUGUGAAUGAUUUUGCAAUUGCACUCAGUCAAAGUAAUUGCAGUGAGAUACUUUUUCCAAAUCGUGCACCCCGAUUCCAGCGUUUGAGGACAGUUUGUUGGACAUUAUCAUCUUGGGAUUGUGGAAAAUUGUGACGUUUCAUUGAAUGGUUGUUACUGUCAGCAAAUCAAAGCUAAAAUGUGGAAAUGUUUGGUAUUUUUGACUGAAAAAUGACCGUGAACAAAAUAAGACUAUAUGCAAAUUUGUUUUCUGUAAUUACUACUAGUUCUAGUUUUCUAAAAGCAGCCAUCAUAAUUUCAAAGCAGAUAUCAGGAGAGACGUUGUCAGAUUAUGUUGCAGGAAUAAAACCCCUCAUUAUAAGCCUCAGAAGGGUCAAAAGCUUUGCGGUAUAAAGUAGGUUUUGAGCGCUUUGUUCUCUAGUAUGUGGUGUUAUCUUGUCAAUCUGACCUAAUAUGCACGACUGAAUAUCUGCUACAUGGUAGACAGUCAGUCUCUGUUUAAAUUCCUCAAGUGAACGUCAACUCUGUUCUCAUUCCUGUUGCUUUUAAUCACUACAUAUGCUUCAUGGUUGUUGAUGUGUUAUACUUGUUGUUAUGUACAUGAACUCUAUAUUUCUCUCUGUCUUCUCUUCUGUAUCAUCCCAUCCAUGUGGGUGAUUGUUCCUGCAAAACCUUGGUGAUCAAUAGAGACUUUUGGUACGCUCAUUCCCCCAAAAGAUGACCAGAAUGGCAGAAUGGCAUUGGUCUCAUUGAGAUGACUUGCUAGAUGUGCUUGCUUUUAAUGUGUGCUUUGAUAAUGAGUCAGUGUUUCUGUUAUCCACAUUCUCUCAAUCUGGAUUUUCCAUACAUUGGUUUGUCUUUGCUUACCAUUUUUUAUGCUGUGUUUAAUAGCCUUCCCCCAAACUGUAUCGAGUGAUGCACAAGAUGAUCAGAUAAACUUCCCCUGUAAUUCUAAGUGUUGUGCUGCCCCCUCCCAUUUUGAAUAAGGCUACUAAAUAACAUAAAUGCAUCACUAGUCUGCCUGUCUUGGAUGUUGUUGUCUUGUGUUUGUGUUUUGUAUUAUCUUUAGAGCAAAGUAUUUUUAGUAUUCUAUGUAAUGUAUAAUAUCCAGAUGAGAGUUGACUUUGCCCAUGUUCUGCUCCGUUGAUUUAAAGUUUGAUAUCCAUUUCCUACAUUUUGUUCCUUUCCCCCUCUAAUACGAUAGCAUUUGAUCUUUUUGCCAGUUUAACCUAAAACCCAAAUGUGUUUUUAUGCCAUUUUGUUUUCCACCAGACAAGAGCUAUAUGCUAACUGUAUCUGCUUGGCUCCUUUUUUUUUAGUGAAAGAGUUUCUAGCCAAAGCCAAAGAAGAUUUCUUACGGAAAUGGGAAUGCCCACCACAGAGCACAACGUGCCUAGAUGACUUUGAAAGAUUAAAGACCCUGGGUACUGGCUCAUUUGGAAGAGUCAUGCUGGUCAAACACAAAGGAACAGAGCAAUACUUUGCCAUGAAAAUACUGGACAAGCAGAAGGUGGUCAAACUCAAGCAAAUAGAACACACAUUAAACGAGAAGAGGAUAUUACAGGCUGUGAGCUUCCCCUUUCUCGUCAAACUUGAGUAUGCGUUUAAGGACAACUCCAAUUUGUACAUGGUGAUGGAGUACGUUCCAGGAGGAGAAAUGUUCUCACACCUAAGACGAAUUGGAAGGUUCAGUGAACCACAUGCACGGUUUUAUGCCGCCCAGAUAGUGCUGACAUUUGAGUACCUCCAUUCACUAGAUCUCAUAUACAGAGAUCUGAAACCUGAGAACCUUCUCAUUGACCACCACGGCUACAUUCAGGUGACAGACUUUGGAUUUGCCAAGCGGGUAAAAGGCAGGACUUGGACGUUGUGUGGGACACCGGAGUACCUGGCACCAGAAAUCAUUCUCAGCAAAGGCUAUAACAAAGCUGUGGACUGGUGGGCCCUUGGAGUCCUAAUCUAUGAAAUGGCAGCUGGAUACCCUCCAUUCUUUGCAGAUCAGCCGAUUCAGAUCUAUGAGAAGAUCGUGUCUGGGAAGGUACGAUUCCCGUCCCACUUCAGCUCCGACUUAAAGGACCUGUUGAGAAACCUGCUGCAGGUGGAUCUGACCAAACGUUACGGCAACCUGAAGAACGGAGUCAACGACAUCAAGGGCCAUAAAUGGUUCGCCACAACAGACUGGAUCGCAAUCUACGAGAGAAAGGUGGAAGCUCCUUUCAUACCAAAGUGCAGAGGCCCAGGGGACACCAGCAACUUUGAUGACUACGAGGAGGAGGAAAUCCGCGUUUCUUUAACAGAAAAAUGCGCAAAGGAGUUUGCAGAGUUUUAGGAUGCGAGAACAUGGAUAUAUCAGGGAAAUAAGGGGAUCUUUGCACUCUUCUAAAGACUUGGGAUGGAGCAGAGACCAUCGUUUUUCAGAUCUACUACAUAGUCCCUUCAUUCCAUAAGGCUGAAUGAGGUCGCCAUGAUCCUUGGGUGCCGAUAACCUCUCACUGUCACAUACACCUGCGUAUUAAAGCAGACACACCACUUUUUUCUUUUUCUUUUGUACCUACCCACUGUUUUUUGGUUGUUUUUUUUUUACUUUGAAGCAGUUAGUCUUGGAUGUUGUUAUCCCCUUUUUAAAAUGUGAUAUUUUUCAAUUUAUGAGGAAAAACUGAGACAAUGGCCAAUAAUAGUCCACACAUUGUAACUGACCUGUCGACGGCAGCCUGACACACAUUUGUGCUUGUGUGUUUAGUAGGCUAUCCCCUCCACUCUUCAAUAGUGUAUAUUUAAUGGUCUGUUACAAGUCCACAUUGCAUUGGCUAUUGUAAAAUUCUGGCCGGCUAUUGGAGGUAGCAUUCGUCCUAUGUGCAUAUCUGUCAGUUUUGUAAGACGUUUGAACACGUUGAGUGUUGAAAGCAUGACCAAAUAGAAAACAUUGGGUGACACAAGAAGAAAGGAAAGUUCUUUCCUUUCUUUGCUUUUGACCUAGAGAGCCGAGUCCUCUGACCCCCAACAAAAGCAUCCAUCCACUGUCUUCUUCUGACCCAGGCACAGCAAAUCAUCGCAGAAAAUGACAAACCUUGUUACAUUAGUAAAAUGCAAAUCGAGUUGUUUGUUUGAUCCUUGUGGAUCUGUUAGUUACAUGUAAAAUUUGUCAUUUGGUAUCUAACUAUUCUUUUGUCGCUGUGUCUAACAUUAUAGUCAUAUUGUCCCUAGAUUUCGGGUCUGCUUAUAAAGACCGUUUGUUAUGAGUCUGUGGAACAAUGUGACUUCAGUUAACUGAAAAGAGUGAAGUGAAAUCCUUUUUAGGAUUUUUAUUGAGUGUAAUGUUAAGCUGAGAAGGUCGGUGUGAAUAUGUUGCGGCUGUGGGCCUCAACAUUGUCAGUUAAAAAAGUACAGAAUUUGUAAUGUAUUAAAUCAAAGAUGUUUUUAAAUCUUACGAAACAGGAACACAAAACUGCAUAUUUACCGUAUUCUCCCUGAUGCCACCCCCGGACUGAUUACUUCGUUUCAUUCUUAUGGAAGAAUGUAGAUUUGCAACUUAUAGGUAUGCAUAUUUGAAGGCUUGAUUUCAAGGUACAGUUUUCCUCACAAUACACUGGCUAAAAUAAAGACUGCUCCUUUGUAUCACAUGUAACCCUGUUAUUGUUAAACUCAUUACAUCAUACGUAUAUACAUUGUUUCAUAUAUGUUUUUAUUUAUACACAUUAGAGAUGCUAAUAAAUUUUAUUUUUAAAAGUG